AUUCCCUCCUCCCUACUUUAAUGCUAGCUAAGAUGGUGGUUAGAGCGUAAAUUGUCUCUACAAUACCAAGAAAAGAAAGGGGCAAAACAUCUCUAUAGCCUUUUAAUUACAACAGAACAUCACAUCUACGGUUAUAUUACAUGACCGUGUAUAGAAUUUUUGACAUUUCAGAUAUAUUGGCUCGCAGUCCCCGCCCAAUUUUGGUGUGACUCCCUCGGAGUGGAAUCCUAAGCUAAAUACGGACAGGCCCUGUGCUCUGUGACCAGCUUCAAAACUCACCCUCACUGCGCCAUAGGAUGUCCCACAGCCCUGAAAUGAAGGACGACCCCAUGGAGUGCCCUCUGUGCAUGGAGCCACUGGAGAUUGAUGACGUCAAUUUCUUCCCCUGCACCUGCGGCUAUCAGAUUUGCCGCUUCUGUUGGCAUCGCAUCCGGACAGACGAGAAUGGCCUCUGCCCCGCCUGCAGAAAGCCAUACCCAGAGGACCCUGCUGUGUACAAGCCGCUGUCACAGGAGGAGAUCCAGAGGAUAAAAAACGAGAAGAAGCAGAAACAGAAUGAGAAGAAGCAGAAGGUGACAGAAAACCGCAAGCAUCUGGCCAGUGUCAGAGUGGUCCAGAGAAACCUGGUGUUCGUGGUGGGACUUUCGCAGCGACUCGCCGACCCUGAGGUCCUAAAACGACCUGAGUAUUUUGGCAGGUUUGGGAAAAUCCAUAAAGUGGUGAUAAACAAUAGCACAUCUUACGCCGGUUCACAGGGGCCCAGUGCCAGCGCUUAUGUCACUUAUAUCCGCUCUGAAGAUGCCCUCAGAGCAAUACAGUGUGUGAACAAUGUGGUUGUUGAUGGUAGAACACUCAAGGCUUCCUUAGGCACAACAAAAUACUGCAGUUACUUUCUUAAAAGUAUGCAGUGUCCCAAACCUGAUUGUAUGUAUCUACACGAGCUGGGGGAUGAAGCAGCUAGCUUUACUAAAGAGGAGAUGCAGGCGGGGAAACAUCAAGAGUAUGAGCAGAAACUCCUUCAAGACCUCUAUAAAAUUAACCCUAGCUUUCUACAACCUCCAGCAUGUGGAACAGACAAGUCAAAGAGUAAACCCAACUCCACACAGAGAUCCAACAGUAGCAAUGGUAAAGAUGGUUGGCCAACGCUGUCAGGACACAAUAAACUGGCCAACGGCCUUUCAGAAGACCGCAAGUCUCCUCCGUUGUUAGACUAUCUAGACCAAGAAGUACUUGCUUCAGAAGGGCUAGAAUCAGAGCUGGGUCCUGGUCAGUGUACCGCCCUGUCUCCCUUCUCCUCUAACUGUGACAGUAACAGUCCCAGUGACAAACCUCCAGAGUCAAUCGGAAUGGUGAAUGGCGAGACUUUACAACAGGUACCAACCAGUGAAUCCCCCUCUCCUCCCCCUGGUCUAACCAAGCCCAGCCUGGUGGUGCCUAUCAGCGUGUCAGACCUCACAGCCCGGUCACCCUUUGAAGGCGCGGCAGCAGAGUCCCAGUCGCUCUUUUCAGACAACAGUAACUUCAGACAUCCUAACCCACUCCCUGCUGGCCUGCCCCCCUUCCCUAGCUCCCCUCGCGGCAGUUCAGACUGGCCCAUGACCCCUGAACCACAGAGCCUCUUCACAUCAGACACGAUACCAGUGUCUUCUUCCACAGACUGGCAGGCGGCCUUUGGCUUUGGCUCGUCCAGCAAACAACAGGACGAUGAUUUGGGCUUUGAUCCCUUCGACGUCACCCGCAAAGCCUUGGCCGACCUGAUAGAGAAGGAGCUGUCGGUGCAGGAUCAGAGCCCCUUGUCCCCAGGGCCCUUCUCUCAGGGGACUAACCACGGUCCUGGCCUGCCACUCAACAAUCCCAGCACCUCCCACCACUUCCCCAGUGGCCUACCACGCCUCCCCCAGCUCCACCACAGAGCCAUCUACAGCUCCUUCAGUUUCCCCGGCAGUCAGAACAGUCAGGCCAGUCAGCAGCAGUCAGCCGCCAGACACCCCUGGAUGGGCGUCCCAACAAGAAAUAACCUCACACACUUGAACCACUCAGCCAGUGCUGCCUCACACAGUAAUUUCCUGGACCUGAAUCUGCCCCCUCAGCACAGCACAGGGCUGGGAGGGAUCCCCAUCUCAGAAAACAGUGGCUCUAUAGACGGCUUAAAUGUGAAAGAGUGGCAGGACGGCCUGAGAGCCCUCCUGCCAAACAUCAACAUCAACUUCGGGGGCCUCCCAAACUCCUCUUCCUCUUCAUCCUCCUCAUCCUCCAACAGUGUUAACCACAUCGGUGGGCCGGUUGGGCCAGCAGGUAUCUCACACAGCCUGAGCUGGGACGGCACAGCCAGUUGGAUGGACCCUGCCAUCAUCACAGGUAUACCAGCCACGGCAGGAAACAGUUUAGACUGUCUCCAGGACGACAACCCACCACACUGGCUCAAGUCCCUGCAGGCGCUCACAGAGAUGGACGGCCCGGUCGGCUCAGCUGUGCCCACUCCCCAGCCCCUCCACAGCGGCCUCCUCGACGCCCACAUCCCCCUCCAUCACAGAGCCGCCGGCGGCUGGGCUCCCUACCUGCCCCCUCCCACAGCCAACCCCGCCAGCCAGUUCCACUCCCCUCCCCCCGGCUUCCAGACGGCCUUCAGACCCCCAGGACAGCCUGCCACAGAGCUGCUACAGAGUGCCGCUGUGGACCGCCACUGAACACAGACUACAGCAGACACCCACCCAUUCCCCCACUACCGCUUUAUAUCCACUCAUCCUGUACCCCCCUCCCCCCCAAUGCAAUACACACCAAUCUGCAGAGUAUGAAAAAUGAUUAACAAAGUAACAAACAUGCUUUCUUUUUUUCUCUUCCUCCUUCCUUUUUGUCUACUCUGAAGGCCUGUUUGGUUUUUUUGUUUGUGGCACACAAGUUCUCAUCGUUAUCACCCCUUGUCUGCUACCAUCACCACUCCUCACAUCUAGUUCUUGGCACAACAAGGGGAUUAAUCAUGUAGCUCGCUGUCAACAGAAGAGCACCACAAAUGGUAAAGCACCGAGCGCCCAGUGGUGACACAAGAGUAAACUCCACAAACUGGUGAAGAAACAAAUUAGGCGGAAGUGAGGUUUUUUUUAAACGUAACUAAUGAUUAAGCAUGAACAACAUUUGUGGGUUUUUUUGAAAGUUGAAGUCACGACGAGUUUUUCAGAGGAAUGAAGCAAGCUGUGAAUCUGCUCUUGAAGCUUUGUCCCAAAGACCCUCAUUCUCCCCGCUUUAACAGGAGACUGUGAAACGGUUAACCCUUAAAGCUAAGUUGUGAAUCAGGCGAGGUGAGAAAGAGGAAAAAAAACGGGUUGGCACGUCGCUUUUCAUUUCUGAGAGUGUUUUUUAAUAAGAGUUGACAAAAAGAAGCUGAGAUGUGGUUAGCGGAGAGAGAAUGCAGAUGACACAUUGGGGAGUUGAGGGCACAGGCUAUGCAUGGGCUCCCUGUUAGGUAGGGACACAGAUGACCUGCUUGAGAGGCCACUUGGCCCAAAUUCCCUUUAGCGGAGGGCUUCGUCCUGCUGGAGGGAAGAUUUUGCUGAACCUCUGUAUCAGAGGAUAGAGCACUGCCUAACUGCAGGGAGCCAGGGCUUUGGGAGACCGUGGCACACAUCCUGAGCACUAGGGUUAGACUCAAAGUGCCACUAUGUGGUACCUAAAGUAGCUAGCCCCAUGAUGGACAGCCACCAAGGAGAUAAGACAAUGACUAGCUGGAUGAGGAAAUACUAAAGAGGGUAGCAACAGGGUUAACAGGUCCCGUUGUUCGACCCACGAGGGCUUAAACGAGGCCUUAAAACGGACAGACGAGAGAAAGGAACUCGAGUGAUUGGAGGAGUCUAGUGUAGAUGAUUGCUGAUAAAUAUGCAAUAAUGUAUGUGACUUCGGCAACCACAUUUGAAAAUGUGUCACAAGGGAAGGUGCUGCAAGACAAAACCAAGUGCUGUAGUUGUGAAUUACAGAGCUCUCAGCCUUGAAGGAUAUGAGAUCGACCUCUCCAACCACCGCCUUUUUUUCUUUUUUGAAGUCUUAAUUCUGAUCUGUGUUCUCUCGCUCUCUCUUUCUCCCUCUCUUAGCACCCAUUCUCCCUACACAACCCAACCCACCCACCUCCUGCUGUUCCCUAUUUAACAGUAUUCACAAAAAUGAACAAACUCAUCCAGGAGACACCAACACAGAGUCAUUCAAUGGGUUUUAACGUGAUGUUGCGAGAAAAAAACAAAAAAACAAAAUUGAGGCGCUUAAAAGGAAGUGAACUGUCCUCUGCAGGUCUGGAAAAAUGAACCUUAAAUAAAACUGAAAACUUA